AUGAUAUUAGUGAUACAAUAUUCAAAAUAUAGAAAGAUUCAUGAAAAAGAAAUUAAAGGUCCAUUCCCAUUACCAAUUUUAGGUAACCUUCAUAGCUUUUCAGAUCUUCCACAUCAUGAUUGUACAAACUAUACAAAGAAAUAUGGUGAUGUAAUGAGAAUAUGGUUUGCAGAUUUAUACACUGUUAUUUUAUCCGAUGCUAAUAUCAUUCGUAAAGUUUAUGUUGAAAAUCAUGAAAAUUUUAUGGAUAGACCACGUAUUCCUUCAUUAAAAUAUGGAACUUAUUUUCAUGGUACAGUUGCUUCAAUGGGUGAAGAUUGGAUUCGUAAUAGAGAUGUAGUUUCUAGAGCAAUGAGAAAAACAAAUAUCAAACAUAUUUAUGAAUUAAUGGAUACUCAAGUGGAUAUUUUAUUAAGAUCAAUGGAGAAAAUUUCAAAAGAUGGUACUGCAUUCGAACCUCGUUAUUACACUACAAAAUAUACAAUGGGUUUAAUGUACAAGUUUAUCUUUAACGAAGAAGUUGAUGAAAAUGAAGAUAUUAACAACGGUGAUAUUAAGAAAUUGGGUGAUCUUAUGUCAAGAAUUAUGGAAGAUUUUGCAAGUGGCUCGUUAUGGGAUGUAUUAGAAAUCACUAGACCACUUUACUUAAAGUAUUUAGAAAUGUUUGAAAAAGCUUUCCCAAUUUUAAUAGAGUUUUUUGAAAAAAGAUAUAAAGAACAUCUCAAGACCUUCGAUCCAGAGUCACCAAGAGAUUUAUUAGAUACAUUAAUUGCUGAAUAUGGUGGUGGUGAUCCAAAGAAAACUACCAAAGAUGAUUUAUUAAGUAUUUAUUCAAGUCUUAGUGAUUUCUUUUUUGCUGGUGUAGAUACUUCAAGUACAACUCUUGAAUAUUUAUUUUUAUUAUUAUCAAAUUACCCAGAGGUCCAAGAAAAGGUUCACGACGAAAUUAAAACAACACUUAAAGGUAGAGAUAGGGUUUUAUUAAGUGACAAAGCAUCAUUACCAUAUCUUUCUGCAGUUAUCAAGGAAACCAUGAGAUACAGACCAGUUACUUCAUUUGGUUUACCAAGAACAACUACCAAUGAUAUUGUUAUCGAUGAUAAAUAUUUCAUUCCAAAAGAUUCUCAAGUCCUUAUUAACUACCAUGCUCUUUCAUUCAACGAAAAGUACUUCCCAAAUCCACAUGUAUUUGAUCCAACCAGAUUUAUUAAUGAACCAAAUAACCAAGCUUUCAUUCCAUGGUCUAUCGGUCAAAGAAAUUGUGUUGGUAUGACUUUUGCUCAAGAUGAAAUUUUCUUAUGUAUCGCAAAUGUUUUAUUAAGAUAUAGAUUCAAAUCUGUAGAUGGCAAAAAAAUCAAUGAAAUAGAGAAAUAUGGUAUCACAACAAAACCAGUAGAUCGUUUCAAUGUUUUAUUAGAAAAGAGAGCUUAA